ACCCAUUGCCCCCCUUCCUGUAAGCAUGCCAAUCUCAACAGAAAAUUUCCUCAUUCACAAAUCAAGACAAAGACACCGACUCUAAUAGGUUAACUUGUCUUUAUUCGCAUCAAAAAACAAUAAUGAAGUGGUCAACUGGCUCACUGCUGGCGGCGUUGUUCACUCCUAGCGCACUCGCCAUUACACCUGAAUUCUGCCCCAAGAAUGGCAAGGUCUGCUUCACCUGGGGUGUCCCAGAGGCCUCAGCAAGCUCAGGAUCCGGCCCCAUCUACUUCCAGAUGAAGGCACCAACAAGUAUGCAAUGGGCAGGUCUCGGUAUCGGCGACCGAAUGUCUGGCUCCCAAAUGUUCAUCAUUUACCAGGACGGAAAGGGCAACGUCACACUGAGCCCAAGACCAGGAAAGGGCAACGUCAUGCCCGAGUACACGAAAAUGGAUGGACUCGAGUUGCUUGAAGGUUCUGGAGUGAAGGACAAUGAGAUGAUUGCCAACGUUCGAUGCAACAACUGCAAGAACGUGAAUCUCAAGGGUUCUGACCUGUGGAUUGCCGCUUGGCUGGCUGGCGACUCUCUGGCCUCGACAAGCCCCUCCGAACGCAUUUCCCAACACGACGAACACACUACCUUCGAUGUCAACCUCGCCAAAGCUGCGAUGACCUCAGACAGCAACCCUUUCCUUUCAGCUAACACAAACACGGGCAGCUCCAGCUCCGGUGGUGCUGCAUCCGAGACAUCCAGCCGAGGUGCAAGCAACAAGGUUCAGCUGGCUCACGGUAUCAUCAUGUCCAUCGUAUUCAUCGCCGGGUACCCUCUGGGCGCCAUUCUCAUGCCCAUACUCGGCAAGUGGAUCAUUCACGCCGGUUGGCAGGUUGUCAUGCUGCUCCUGAUGUGGGCUGCAUUCGGACUUGGAUAUGUCGCUGCUAGAGACGGAGGCUUGUGGGGAAAGCAAGCUCACACCCAAAUGGGCACUGUUGUCGUUGUUUUGAUCACCCUUCAGCCUAUUCUUGGUUACAUGCAUCAUCGAUACUUCCUCAGCCAUGGCAAGCGAGGCAUCAUCAGCCAUAUUCACAUCUGGUUUGGCAGAGCCCUCAUGAUCAUCGGUAUCGUCAACGGUGGUCUGGGCCUGAAGCUCGCAAGCUCAUCCCGUGCAUUCAUCAUUGCUUACUCGGUCAUUGCUGGUCUUGCUGCCAUCCUCUACCUCGGUGCUGCCAUUGUUGGUGAGAGGAGACGAUCGGCUUCUCGUGUUAAGCAGAUGUCGCCUCAGAUGUCUCAGGAGGAGGCACGAUAAUGUGGUUUGGUCGGAGUUGAAAGUGGCAGAAGCUGUUGUGCUUUCAAGGUGUUUCGGAGCUCGUAACUUGUGAUACCAAGGAUCUUUGGGCCAUUGGGCUUGAGUCCUAUAAGUUGGAAGUGACUAUUAUUUACUAGUCCAUUCUUUAUGCUUGUUUGUUUCUUAUCUAAGAAUUAGUAGAUGUAUAUAACUGCAUUAACGACG